ACAUCGACGUUAGUCGUUCGUUAGUGUUCGCGCGGAACUCGACGCGGGUGGACGUACGGUCAUGCGAGAAGCGGCUACGGGCAGGAUGGCCGAACUCGAGUUCGAAGCGCCGCUCGCGCAAAUCGAAGAUGCCGACGACUGUCUUUCCACGGCGGACUACCCACAAAAAACUAUCAACGGCAACGACAUCCACAUAAACAACAUCAAAAACUUGAGUGAAAUUAUCAAAAUGAAAACCGACUCCAACAAAAUAAACGAUAACGACGAACCUAAACCGGUGAAGUGCAAAGACAAUAUGCAAAACGGGGAAGGUGACAAUUUCACGGAGACUUUCUCCGGGUCCCUUGAAGACCUGGUGAAUACGUUCGAUGAGAAGAUCACAAAGUGCUUCGGGAACUACGAGGAGAGCGUCGAGAAACUAGCGCCGGUGCAAGUUCGCUCGCAAGAAGAAAUAAUGAACGAAUGCCAAAUGUGGUGGACAAUCACGGGCAACUUCGGCAAUAUCCUGCCUAUAGACUGGACCAAGUCGUUUUCGAGGAAGAUGCACAUUCCCACCUUAAAUUUAAGUGACAAAAAGGGCUCAAUGACCCCAGACGACGAGAUCCACAGCUCAGAAGACGAGGCCGUAGCCUCGGACCUGGAUAUGCACGCGCUCAUCCUGGGAGGCCUACACCAGGACCACGAGUGUCCCGUCAAGACUGCCGAUGAAGUGAUUCAAGAAAUCGAUGACAUGAUGCAGGAGACACCGUCCUCCGAAGGCGACGUCCUGGAGUACAAUGAAGCGUUGGAGAAAGGGAAGGAAGUCCUCAAUUCACCUCUUUAUGAAGACAAACUCCGACAACUGUCCUUAACCCAGCUAAACGAGACCUACAUGGAGCUCGAAGUCCUCAUCAGAGAGUUCUCAGAGACCCUCAUCGCGGAACUGGCUCUCCGCGACGAGCUGGAGUAUGAGAAGGAGCUUAAGAACACCUUCAUCUCGCUGCUGUUGGCUGUGCAGAAUAAGAGGCGGCAGUAUCAUACUGAGAAGAAGAAACGAGGGCCGCCGCGGUCGCCAAACCUUAACAAUUCUGGCUCAGAGUCAAAGUACUUGACCACCGUGAUACCGUUCCAUCUGGACAACGGCCCGCCCGACAACCAGACGCUGCAAGUUCUCAUUAAAAUUCUAAAGGCUAUCAACGAAGACAGCCCCACCGUGCCGACGCUACUAACGGACUACAUACUCAAAGUGCUCUGUCCGACCUAAGCCAUAGAGUCUAGCUAAUUCUUCCACCUUCAUCCGAUCACUUCUGCAUACAUCGACACCUAAAUGCCUUGCGUUGAGAUUAAUUGCAGGUGGCGCUACACCUUGGAAAAAUAUAUAAGAUACCGAUACUUUUGGACUAAACAUAAUUUGCCUUCGAGAGAUAAUCUAUUGACAUUGCUGCUACGAGUAUGCGUUCCACUUUAUUUAAUCGCUGGUCCCAUAGGAAGAAAUCUAUUAUUAUGCCCUACAACGUUAGUUCCAGAAGAAUUGGUACCUUUUUACUAUGUCCUUAUAAUUUAGCAUCAAAAAUUCGUAUCGUGAUCUACUUUUGAAAAGCUCAACAAAAAUAUACUCUUACUCAUGUUUUAAAAUAUUGACACGUGAUAUUUUAAAUGAAGUCUUGUGUUGCAUAAAAUUGGCUUCAACGAGGACUCUCUUUGUGACAACUUCAUGAUUCUGGCGUAAAUUGAAAGUAGAAAGUAAUUAUUUGCAAAUGGACUAAGCAAAAAAGAUGAUCUAGAUACGUAUUUUCAAUUUAAAUUCUCGCGCCAUCUAAGACGGCGUACCUAAGAUUCGCGGUGGCUUUCUAUUUAAUCGAAAUAAAAAAAUAGGAAAUUCUAGUCUAAGGGUCCGAGUUCAGAAAUAAGCAUUUUAUUUUUCUGUGAACGCAUAUUACGAACCUUAAUAUUUUUUUCCAAUUAUCUGUAUCAGCCUAUACACUGGUCUUCAUAUCAAGCAUUUUUACGAUUACAUUAAUGGCAAGUCUUGAUUAUUAGUUACAAUACUCAUUGAUAUUCUAGGUAGGUUCAAUGAAAUUAUGGGACUUCACUGCUCUUUUGGAGAAUUUUCUGAGCAGGAAAUUUACUGUGGACUUCCUUUAUAAUGUGCAACUAGAAUCUAAAUAAGGAAAUCCACAUUCACGCGAGUUAGUAACGAUUGAAUGAGUCGGUUUAGCCGGAAUCGUCGAAAACGGAACUAACAGGUGAAACGUCUUUGGAUCGCGGGUGUCUGUUAUUUUUAAAAUAGCGCUUUCUGCAUAAUUUCAGUUGAUUUUAUUUCUGAGGAAUUUUAGGAAGAGUAUCCACAUUUCUUUUUAACUUUUGACCUCUAUUGGGAUCACAAACGAUCUUGGUCCACGUUAGUGAAGCAAAUUUUCGUAUAAGUAAAUGAAUUUGCCAUUGCACUUUUUAAUAAUGCUACACUUGAAUGCUAAUUUAACAAUGUAUUCUGUUAACAACCAAAACUCGACAGUAAAUAGAACAAACAUUAAAACAAACAUUUCGGUAUGGAAUUAGAUACAAGGUGUCCAAAAGUUAAACAGUGAUGAAGCGUUCAUAGAACUCGAUUCUUACCGGCUUGCCUAAUUUAAUAGAAUUUAGCACCUUAAUUUAUAACUCUUAAAAUGGGUCUUAUACCAUAAAGUGAAUAUGUUUGACACUUUGCCACUGACACUCGCGUGAUAUGCAUCUGAGUUUUGGUUGUCAACUAACGAAUAAUUUUAUACAUAUUUGAGUUUUUAUUAUAAUUACAUUAUUUGCAUAAAAGAACUGUGAUAUCGUAUGGUAGUUGAUUAUUAAUGCUUCCUUCUAGGUUUACUUUCAAUUUAUUUUUCUUAUGUGCUAGUUUAUAAAUAUUUAUUUUAGCAAUCGCCCUAUUUUAUCUCUGGCAGAAUGAAUUUCAAAUAUUGUAAAUAUCGAGCAAAACGUACUGAAACUGGAAUUGUCUCUACAUUUUUAUGGGAUUCGCGGGGCAAAUUAUUUUGUCUGUGUUUGUCACUAUUGUCAUGAUGUUUUAUGUAAUUUAUUUCGCUUUGUGCGUUCUAUCGAAAUAAUUCGCCGUGUUUCCCAAUUUUAGAUAAGAAAAUACUUCGGGAUAAAUAAGUGCUCGCAAAACGAUACACUAUGUAGGUAAUUAGAUAUAUUCAUUAUUUCAUGUAUCUCACGACGAAACUUAUCAGGAGGACAGGACUUGAUCAUAAAAAGCAGUUUCUGUAUAAUAGCCAUAUAUGGCACAGCUAUGAAUAAUUUCAUUUAGUUAAUGAAUUAUGGCACGAGGUUUAGACCAAUCGGCCUUUAUGAGGUUUUUGACUUCGUCGCUCUCUUUUUAUGAUUACUGCAAACAAAUCAAACAACACUCGAAUUUUAUAAGUAGGUAAGUAUUCUGUGAGAUUUAAGCAUGAUUCUCGUUACACUGGUAUGCAUAUGUCGGCCGCAUUUGUUUAAUAAUUCCUCUUACCGCGACAAUCGAAAUUUUGUUCUUUGCCUCUUUGUAGCUCGAAUAUACAAAAGUGAUAGAGAGGUAGGCAACAAAAUUUCGAUUUUCACGGAAGGCCCUCUGAUUAUGAGCACUGCCCGAUUAUCAGAAAAGUCGGCCAAAUUGAUACAAAGAUUGAAAUGUCAAACAUGUGAUACAGAUUAUUCGGUAAGUGUCAGUAUACGGAAGGGGCUCGGGGUCGGCGCGAUGUAGUGUGACUAACGUGAGUCAUCCCCUAAUUAAUGGAUGAAAAUUACUUUACCUACACGGAUGGCUUCUAGAACACAAGCGGUAAAAAGGUUUUAUAGCUGAAGCAGCCUGUAAAUAUGUCAUCGUGUCAGCCUCUUUUCAUUGGCAUUCUAUUAGACCGCGGGCCAGGAACAGAUUUCCAUGACCAAUCGCCUCCGGGGCGAAAACUCGUAUAGUGGUUAACGGCUAUGUAUGAUGAACCCUCGUGAACGUUAGCUGCCGCUCCAUUGGUGGGUUGAGGAAUGGCAGCAAAUAAAGUCUAUAAAAAAAUUGUCACCGCCUCCCGCUUGAUACUUUGUCAGAUGAUAGUUUAGAUGCUAUUGUGAAUAAACAAAAUCGUCAGCCGAUUGUAUCGCUGUGGAAAGACCGUCAGCUGGUCACAUGUACAUGUAAAAAAGAAAAUUCUUUUCAGUCAUCCGCGUCAUCGCCUCCCGUUUGAUACUUUGUCAGAUGAUAGAUUAACUAUUACUAUAGAUUAGCUAUUGUUAACAAAACAAAUCGUCAGCCGGUUGUAUCGCGGUGGAAAGACCGUGUUACGCGUUUCGAUGGCUGCCAUUCCUCAACCCACCAACGGAGCGGCAGCUGACAUUCACGAGGGUUCAUCAUACAUAGCCAUUAACCGCUAUACGAGUUUUCGCCCGGGAGGCGAUGACUGACGAAAUUUGCGCCUGGCUCGCGGUCUAUUCUGAUUAUUUUGUUUUAAACAUCGAAUUAUUGUUUCGAGGGCAGUCUAUAGGAAAAGUAGCUUUUGUAGUGUAUUUAGUCAUAACAAUUGAAUCUGUCAUUGUUCUUUUUAUAAUGUAGCACUAAUCUGAAACGCUAUAAUAUAAUAUAGUUUAGUUGUUAAACGUUGUAUAAGUUAUAUUUAUAAUUAUCUAGUCUCAACAUUUCAUAGUUAUAGAAUAAUUUGUUAUAAAUAACAUAAACUAAAAAAAUAAUUUGUUAUCAAAUAAGUUUCUUCAAAUUCAUGGUAUAAAUAAAAAUAUAUACGACAAUUUAAUUGCAAGA